AUGCCCCUGUGGUGGCCCGGCCGGAAGUCCAGGUCCAGGUCCAAGGCCAAGCACAGCGCGGCGCCCGCCUCCGCGGCCUCCUCGCCGCCGCGCAACUCCGUCGACGCCGGCACCUCCUCCGCCUACGCGUCCGCCUACGCGUCCGCCUGCGCCUCCCCCUUGCCGUCCACCCCGCGGGGGGCGGCUAAGCCGCACGGCCUCGACUCGCCGCCGCCGCCGCCGCCGGCGCGGCAGCAGACCGGCGCCGUCUCGCGAUGCGGCGGAGGAAGGGGAGGGACGGAGCUUCGGGCGGAGGGACAGGGGCAUCCGCUCCCGCGGCCGCGGUACAAGUCGGCGCCGCUUCCCCUCGCGUCCUCCCUGGCUGCCGCGUGCGGGGGCUGCGCGUCCGCGGCGGCGUCCGUGUCCAGCGCCAGCUCGUCGGAAUCGUUUGAUGAUGAUGAGGAGGAGGAUCAACGAACUUACAGAUAUACAGAUCCAGUUGUCUACUCUAGAGGAAAGACUAUGCCACCUGACGGGCUUAAGGGCAUGGUGGAAGGCAAGCACUUCGCCUCAUGCAGUGCUCUCCAGGAGCACAACAGGUUCUUUGAGGCACCUAUCAACAGCGUGGGGGAAGUUCGUCGGCAAAGCUUCGAGCCUUCAACGGGUGAAGCCAGUCGCUCGCUUGGCAGAAUGCCCGAUGAUGCACUCAGAGCAAGAACAGGAAGUCUUUCCCCUGGGCCAAGAGGACAUGCCUUUUCUGCCAGUGAUGCAGGUCAGAGAGAUUUUGGUUUCAGCCCAAGGUCACCACUGAAAAGGAUGGAUGAUCUAAGGAUUUCACCUCAACCCUUGCCUCUUCCUCCGGUCCCAGCUUCUAGCCUGCCCCUCCCUUCAUCUAGCAUUGCUUCUACCCAAUCCCAAUCACAGUGGAAGAAGGGGAAGUUGUUAGGUAGCGGCACAUUUGGUCAGGUGUACCUUGGAUUCAACAGGGAAAGUGGGCAGUUUUGUGCAAUCAAGGAGGUUCAAGUUAUUUUGGAUGAUUCAAAUUCGAAAGAACGGCUUAGACAGUUGAAUCAGGAAGUAGAUUUGCUUAGUCAACUCUCACACCAAAACAUUGUGCAAUACUAUGGGAGUAAACUGACUGAUGAAGCUCUCUCCAUCUAUCUUGAAUAUGUUUCUGGCGGUUCAAUUCAUAAAUUACUAAGAGAUUAUGGUCCUUUUAGGGAACCUGUGAUCCGUAACUAUACACGGCAGAUCCUUUCUGGACUUGCCUAUUUGCAUGGAAGGAAUACUGUGCACAGAGACAUAAAAGGAGCAAACAUACUUGUCAGCCCUACUGGCGAUGUCAAACUUGCUGACUUCGGUGUGGCUAAACAUAUAACUUCUUUUGCUGAAAUACGCUCUUUCAGAGGAAGCCCAUACUGGAUGGCUCCGGAGGUCGUAAUGAAUAACAAAGGGUACAGUCUUGCGGUUGAUAUCUGGAGCCUUGGUUGUACAAUUAUUGAAAUGGCAACUGGUAGACAUCCUUGGCAUCCGUAUGAAGAUGUGCCUGCGUUAUUUAAGAUUGCAAAUAGUAAAGAUGCACCAGAAAUUCCACUAAGUAUUUCGAAAGAAGGGAACGAUUUCCUGAGUUUGUGUUUAAUGCGUGAUCCAGCACAGCGCCCCUCUGCAACACAGUUACUGGGUCACCCUUUUGUUCAUGACCAUCAAGCAAUAAGAGCGGAAAAAUGCAGAGCAACCCCGUUGAGUAAUGGACUAUCUACCCCUGUGGAGGCAAGGCAUAAAAAGUCAAACAGAGAAACUUUAACAAAGAGAGGCAUUACCCCUCUACGGGAUAUUGGUGGACUGCGUGCGAGAGAUUUCGCUGGAUUUGCCACAGCUUAUCCUUCGCCUCGCAAUGCCUCCAGUCCAAUUGCUGCGAGAGCAAACAUGUCUCUGCCGGUGUCCCCGUGCUCAAGCCCGUUGCGGCAGUUCAAGCAAUCAAACUGGAGUUGCCUGCCUUCCCCACCACACCCAGUGGAUUACACGCAGAACCAGAUGAGACUAAGCACGGCGGUUCCAGAUCCUUGGCUCGACAUCGGCCAGUUGAGACCACCGAGCCCAUAUGGCUCACCGAGGAGAUACUGAGUCUGAUCUGUAGGUUCUAUGACAGUAUUUAGACAUUUGAGACCAAGGGUAGGGAACAGAGAUGUUUUGGUCGAGAUAAUCUGUUGUAACUAUGACUAUUCUGAUCUGAUAUCUGAGGCGCUUGUAGACUAUUGACAUUGGACUCUGCAGAAUUUGUAAACAGUCAUUGUAUAGCAAUAUAAUUUAGAAGCACAGAUAACCUUCAAUGAUG